AUGCUCGCGAGCAUGCCACCGCAUUUGCGUGCGAUGAUGGAGAAGCAGUUCUCUACGGAUCCAAGGGCGCGCGGCUACCCGGCGGCGUACCAGGACGAGCGGGUCCCGGACGCCGAGGCCGGCAGCGUCGACUGGGCGCGCAUCACCUCGGCGCCGUUCAGCUGGAUGUCGCACCGGCUCGGCAAGUCGGGCCACCGCGGCCGCGUCUACUGCGAGAUCCGCGGCCUCCAGUCGGAAAAGGGCAAACAACUCAACGGGAAGCGCGCCUGGGUCUACCGCCUCGUCGACGGGGCGGGAAAGACCGUGAAAGCGGUGGACGCGACGCCGGAGACCCGGCUCUCGGCGCUCUACGACGCCGACGCGCGGGACCCCGACCCGUCGUACGACGCCGCCAAGGCGUCGCCGUCGGCCAAGGCCGUGGCCGUCAAGCCGGCGAACCUUGUGAUCGUGCCCGCGCCGCUGCCCGCGACGCCGCCGCCGAAGCGGUCGCUGCUCUCGACGUUCGCGGGCGACGUGGACGCGACGACGGCGCCGGUCGCGGACGACGAGGCCGUGGGCUUCUACGUGUUCUACCCGGGCCUGCGGCUCGGCGCGAGCCGCGUGCUCGAGCACCGGGCGGCGCUACGCCUCGACGUGGCCAAGCUCGGGAACUGGGGCUCGGCGCUGCCCGGCAACACGGAGCUGACCGAGGCCCAGCUGCGGGCGAAGCUGUCGCAGAUGAAGGCGGCGGGCGGCCUCGCGGCGAGCGCCUGGGACCCGCUCGACGGCCCCGGCUGGCCGGGGAUCUACACCGACCUCCGGUCGCGCGGCGUCGCGGAGGCGGCCGCCGAGGACGUCGUCGAGUGCGAUUCGCUCGCCGAGGCCUUCGCGCUGUGGAGUGAGAUCGACGCCGUCGUCGGCGCGAACCGCCCGGGCGUCGGCGGGCUCGAGGGCGUCAUGGGAAGCAUGGAGCUGAAUUACGACGGCGGGGCGACAACGAUGGUCCGUCCCGGCUCGGCAUCGCAGCCGUACAUCACGCCCAUGCGCGCGCGGCUGCCGCCGGGGACGACGGCUCGGACCUUCCGAGACUUUUGCCAGUGGGUCAUAUGGACGGAGGGCUGCGGGAUCACGUGCUGCGAGGACAGCGUGGGCCUGGGCCUGCUGGGCGCGACGAUCGUCGAGCGCGAUGGAAUCUUCACGGGGGUCGCUAUUUUUGCGACGCAGGGGUCCUACGCGCCCACGGACUUCGUCAGCGACUUCGGAGCCGAGAAGGCGCGCUGGGCGGCGACGCUCGACGGCGUCCGCGUCGCCUUCGAGGUGGGGCGCUCGGCCUACUCUCGGGACGACGCGGUCACGCCGGCGCGCGAGCAUCCCCCGCGGCGCGAGAGGCGGGCUCUUCCGAUCGCCCUGCGGUCGGUUCACGCUCGCGAGCUGGUGGCAGAACGGUAG